UAAAUCAUGCAUUUAUCGUAUGGCAUGUCCGCUUACCACUGAUUUACGGAUCACAUCUAUUCAAACGCAAUAUCGCAUCUUUUUUCGCUCGAAAUUAUAAAUUUUGUGAAUUGUUCAAUAUCAUUGUAUUACAAAGAUCUCCGUCAUGCGUACUGUUAACACAAUCAACUACAUUAUUAAACCAGCAUCAUAUUCUACAAUACAUACGAUAAAGUUAUAAUCAAAAAAUAUUCAGGGGCUUAGAAAGCACAUCCAAGAUGUUUCGAUUCCCAUCCGGAGUGCCACCCAGAUGUCUUUCUUGAAAAAAGUCAUCCUGAUAACAGGAGCCAGUUCAGGAAUUGGAGCUACAACAGCUAUUCAUCUGGCUCAGCUUGGUGCAUCACUGGCAAUAACAGGGCGUAAUAAGCACAAUUUAGACAAGGUAGCUGAACAAUGUGGAGAACUCAAGCCGUUUGUUAUAAUAGGAGAUCUAGCCAAUGAGAAUGAUUUGAAAAAUAUUAUCGACUUGACAAUCAAGCAUUAUGGGAAAUUAGAUGUUUUAGUUAAUAACGCUGGAAUUUUUGAAUUAGGUGGUAUAGAGACUACAAGCUUGGAACAGUAUGACAACAUUUUCAACGUAAAUGUUCGGUCAAUAUUCCAAUUGACUGCGUUGGCAGUGCCACAUUUAAUCAAAACGAAAGGUAACAUUGUCAAUAUUUCAAGCAUACUUGGAUUACGACCAUUGAAGAAUACUCUGGCAUAUUGCAUGAGUAAGGCGGCUUUGGAUCAUUUUACGCAUUGCGUUGCUUUAGAACUAGGAUCACGACAGGUGCGUGUGAAUACCAUAAAUCCUGGCGCUAUAGUAACACGUAUCUUUCAAAACAGUGGAAUGAGCCAAGAAGAGCUUAAAAUCUUUUUCGAGCGGUCGAAAGCAUGGCAUGCUUUAGAAAGAAACGGCGAUGCUUUAGAAAUCGCAAAAACCAUUGCAUUUUUAGCUAGUGACGAUGCUAGUUUCAUAACAGGAGUGACAUUAUCUGUGGAUGGAGGUAUGCAUAUUAUGCAACCUCCUGUAACUAUUCCGUCAUUUGUAUAAAGAAAAAGUAUUUUUUAUUAUUUUUUUUGUGGAUGAGUUCCCCAUAGAAUACCAAUAUUUUCGAAAUUGUAAAAAAUUAGAAAAUUUAUUUUAAAUAUUUUAUGAAAAAAGAUAAU